GACACACAGCGAAACAGAGAGAGAGACAGAGAGAGCGACAUUUUCGAAGCACCACUGAAAUCUCCGCCAGAGAUUCAAUCUUUGAUCCAUCAAAAUCAAGAACAAAGCACAAAAUCAUGUUACCUCAUCGCGAAAACCUCCUCCGAUCAUUCUCAUUCAUCGCAGUCAUCGUCAUUUCGAUGUUGUUAACAGUGGAGACUCGUUACCUGAGGCCGUCCGAUCACGGAAUCAAUUACCAGAACAAUCCGACAGAUGUAAAGUCACCGGAGAUGAUGACAUUCUUCGGCGGAGCUUCAACAGAGUUACCAGAAGCAAAGAACUCGAGCGAGCCACGGUGGAGGAACAUCGGAGCUCCGGCGUCAUUUACGAGGAGUGGUGGUGGUGAUGGGAAGGAUAGAGUGAGAGAGACGUUAUUGGUUGCCAGCUUGGCGUGUGGGGUCGUAGGUGUAGCGUUAAUGGUUGCUGCUGCUUUCAUUUAUCUCUUGCAGCGACGGAGAUCAUCGUCACCACCACCACCGUCACCACCACCACCACCACCAUCGUCUUCCAAUUCGUGCAAGCAGAUUGUGGUUUAUGAGUCAUCUUAGUUAGAUUCUAAAUUAGUGGUUGUGUGUGGGUCUUCUGUUGGUGAGGAUUAUAGUGAGUCACUGAGUU